CUUAGACUUCAUUUUUACUCUGUGAAGAUGCUAUGGUCUCAGCUGUUACUCGCCCUGGCUAGGCUGACCUGCUCUCUUAUUUUUAACAUCCCGCUUUCAUCGUACUCGGUUCAUGACCUGUGACUACGGUCUAAAUAUCCUGACAAGUCGAGAAAAUCACCUUGUUCUGAUGAGACAGGUGGCAAUACAUUUUUCGUGGGCUAUCAGCAUACGAGCAUUGUUAUAUCUGUCAUUGGUUUUCUUUGCCCGAAUUUUAUCUAGUUUUUCUACAGUAACUAUGAUACUAUAGUCUUCAACCAAAGAUGCUCCUCUGGAUUUAUAUCCACACCGCCGUGAGCGCAUUAAUCCUUAAUAUCUAUUUCUGGGUAGUGUCGCCACAGACCGUAAGAUGUAGCUCCGACUGUGGCAUUUUAUUCAAAUGUACAAGGACCUGAACCGGUUUUGUGGAGCGGUUCCAAUCAGACUAAUGGAGACCAUCUUUCAGCGAGCACGAUGGCCCAGACUGCCGCGAAACUCUGUGCGCUCAAGCGUGGCUGCGGAGUUUGCAAUUGACCGCUGCCUCGCUAGCGAUGCCUUUCUCCUUGUG